UCCUUACUGCUGUCUGUCCACUGUACUGUUACAACAGCGCUUCACUACACGAUGACACUUUGGACUAUGCAAUAAGGGAUUCCCGUCCAUACAGUGUUUAGAACCGUCCAGAGGGGACCGUUAUAUUUACCAGAGGAAAAGUUUUCAAUUUUAUUUUCCAAGAUGCCACGUUCCUUUCUGGUCAAGAAACAUAUUAAUUCCGCUAAGAAGCCAAAUUAUAGUGAGCUGGAAAGCCCCGCAGUAUUAAUUUCGCCGUAUCUCUACAAGGGCCUUCCAUUGCCUGUCAUCCCUCAAACGGAGAUCCUUAGUUCGGUGGCAUACAACCCUAUAACGGUAUGGACUACCAGCAACUUGCCGCUCUCCCCGCUUCCAAGUGACUUAUCUCCAAUCUCUGGAUACCCCUCGUCCCUCUCCGACACCUCAUCUAAAGACCACAGUGGGUCAGAAAGUCCAAGAAGUGACGAAGAUGAACGUAUGCUCACUAAGUUCUCAGACCCUCACGGAGUUGACUCUGAAAAAUUCCAAUGUAGUUUGUGUAGCAAGUCCUACUCCACUUACUCUGGACUGCUAAAACACAAGCAGCUGCACUGCGACGCCCAAACGAGGAAAUCUUUCAGCUGCAAAUACUGCGAAAAGGAGUACGUUAGUCUGGGAGCCCUUAAAAUGCAUAUUAGAACUCACACUCUGCCGUGCGUCUGUAAAAUAUGCGGCAAAGCCUUUUCCAGACCAUGGUUACUUCAAGGACACAUCAGAACACAUACCGGUGAAAAGCCCUUUUCCUGCCCACAUUGCAACAGGGCUUUUGCAGACCGGUCUAACCUCAGGGCUCACCUACAAACCCAUUCGGAUGUGAAAAAAUACCAAUGCAAGAACUGCUCCAAAACUUUCUCCAGAAUGUCUCUUCUGCACAAGCAUGAGGAAUCUGGUUGUUGUGUAGCACGUUGAACUGGGAUACCUUGCCUUCAGAGCCCUCUGUUAUUUUCCAGUCUUCACAAACUGUCCGCUGGAAAAAUUAGGCUUUUUUCCCUCCAAAUAUGCAGAGUCACCUUUGACAUGACAAUCCAUUUCAUUUCAGUAUAAAACAAUUCUACUGAAUGCUUUUUAUUUCAAGCAGUAUUUUCGCCAUUUCACCACUGACAGUGUUGAACCUUGCCAUAACAUAUAACCAUCUGUCUGCGCUCUUCGUGCUCUCUUGACAUGUCCAGAGAUAUAUGUCUUUGAUACAAAUCUCACAGGGGAUGUGUUUUAGGUUAAACCUGAAUCUUUUUCUUUUGAUAUGAUACUGUAUAUUGUAACACAUGACAGCAGCAGUGCGCUGUCUGUGGAAUAUUUGAAGCCAUCGCUACAUGGAGAACAAGUGCAAAGACUUUUGAGGGUGAAAGUGUUUCAAACUUACACAAUCAUGACACAGUAACUACUUGCCAGCACUCAGUUUAGCAAUACAUUUUCAAGUGCCUCUAUUUUGUCUGGCAUUUAUGUGUUUAAAAAAAAAGGUUUGCAUUUAUAUUUUUAUAUAUUUGAAUGUAAGUGUGACUGAAAUGAUUGUAUUUUGACAGUGCAAACUGUGAUUGAAUGAUUUUUAUAUUUUAAGAUACUUAAAAAAAUAAAAAUUCAAAGACUUUUA